CAUCUGCACUGAUCUGGCUGCUACUCGGUUCGGCGCAAAAUUCUUUCGCAUGCGAGCGAGUGCCCACUUGAUCGAGAGCUCACCAACUGAGACGGUUCGUUCUUCGUUCUUCUGCUGUUGACUGGUGCGACGUGAUCAAACUGACCAACCGUCGAAAUUCGGCGCGCUCAAGACUUCAAUUUAUUUCGAUUCGUCGUGCGGUUCGGUUGGUCUUCCAGUGCUCCCACAGUUUGGGUUGGCGCACUGCGCGCGGCUUGCGAAUACAUACCCCCAUCCAUCCAUCCAGUCCUGUACAGUCCAGUGCAGUGUGACAACCGGUGACCUUGAAAGCAGAACGACGAUGAAUGCAAGUGCACGAGUCGGGAUCAUCGUUGCAGCUGCAGUGGCAGUGAUGCUGAUUGAUGCAGUUUUGGGCCGGGAGGGUCCCAGCAGCGGUGGUGAUAGUGAAAUUUCAGUUUACAAUCGCAUGCCACCUGUAUAUUAUUACGAAGAUAGAUUGCAGUGCCUAAAUGGAGAUCCUGGCAAUGUAUACUGCAUAUCAAAGACCUUGAUCAAACCAGAUAGUUCUUCGGAAAACUGGAAACUCGUGGAGAAACACUCCGUAGAAGACACAGAUUUUCAACGAUACGUGUUGGAUCGAGGAUUCUGCAUGAAAAAUUGUGAAACGCUGGUAAACAGUUUGACACAACAAGAGCUGAAGCAAUAUGAUCAAGACCAAUUUACGAUCAACGUUCCGCACACCUAUGACUCCAGCUACAUUCCCGGCAUGGAUGAAUAUAGACAAAAAUAUGAUCGUAUUACCAACGUUUGCCAUAACUAUCAUCUUCACCGAGACUACAACCUAUCCGGAUAUUCUUUCAUUGAGCACUGCAUGGGACCGGACGACCUGAACAAGCCCAUAACCUCGUACCACGUUCUGUUUGCUGUGCUCACCAGUGCCAUAGUGUUCCUAGUUAUUCGUGCCACCCAUCGAGACACGAAGGAUCAUCGAAACCACAACAACAACCAGAUCACGGUUGAGGACGACAUCUGGAUGGAGUUCUCCCUGAAGCGGAGCAUCCGUCGGUUAUUCGUCACACCGGAAACCAAACUGCAUCGGGACUUUGCGUUUGUGGAAUCGGUUCGGGUCAUUUCGGUGUUUUUCAUCACUGCCGUCCACGUACUGAUGGCGUAUGGGGCAAGUCCCAUGGAGAAUCCUCAGGCUCUGGAAGUAUUUUUCAGGAACUCAGUGAUGCGGAUGGCCUCAGCCAUAUUCCCCUUCUUGGUGCACACGUUUUUCACCGUAGGUGGAGUCCUGCUGGCAGUACACUUCCUGGACUUUAUGGAGUCUGGUCCACGGUUUCGAUGGCAGUAUUUUUUCAUGGGUUUGAUCAACCGAUAUCUACGGUUGUUUCCGCUGUACUUCAUCAUGUGGCUGUACCAGGUGUCGUGGUUCGACCGGAUGGGAACUGGAGUCACCGGUCACUCGCUAGUUGGCGUCGAGAUGCAUCUUUGCAAAGAAAAUGGAUGGUCGAAUUUCCUGUUCAUCAACAACUACUAUAAAUUCGAUAAAGGGUGCAUGCAACAAACUUGGUACUUGGCAGCUGAUUUUCAAUUCUUCUGCAUCGGGAUGUUCAUAAUGAUGAUCUUGUGGCGGUUUCCCAGGUCCAUGAAGCUAAUGAUUUGGAGUAUGAUGACCAUUUCUAUUAUAGUUCCCAUUGUGAACAAUUACGUGUACAAUUUUGUAGGAGUUAUUCUGUUGAAUUUCAAACACCUUCGGUUCAUGUUAUUCUUUUACGAGUGGGUCAAACGUGACUACAUUCUGUCGCAUCCGCACACGUGUAGCUACUUUUCCGGAAUCAUAGCCGGUAUCGCUUACCAUCGGUACCAAAAGGACCCCCAAUACUUGAAGAACCUCCGAGUUUACCAAAUCCUGAAACGCUUGGCUCCACUGAUGGUACUGCUUCUGUCGGCUCCGGCCACCUUCUUCUACUACAUCAAACCAGUGGAACCGUCGUUAUGGAUGGCCAUCUACGCGUCCGCUCAUCGGAAUUUCUUCGGUAUCAUGUGCGGAGUGGGUCUACUGUACGGAGCGACCGAGGGUAGUGCGAAGCUCCCCGGCUUUAUGAGACAUCCAACAUUGCUGGCCAUUGGAAGAUUGUCGUUUAGUGUGUAUCUGACGCAGUUCAAUGCCAUUCGUUACGUGUUCAUGGAUGUCAAGGAGUACGGAUUUGUAUUGAAUGUGAUUAACUAUUUGCAAGCGUUCAUUUUGAGCUAUGUGGUAUCCUAUGCUUCUGGAUUGGUGCUAUGUACUACGGUGGAACUGCCUAUGGCAGCUGUCAUCAAACGAUUACAAGGUCACAAGAAAACGAAGAAUAACAAUAAUUGUCAUAGUACAACAAACGGAAAUGCGAAGCUUAAAGAUUCUUAGAAACUUUGAAUGGCCAACAAGCAUACUGUUUUUUCUUCCACUGUAAAUAAUUUGUUUAGGCUAAGAUUUCAAUAAAUAACUGUGGUACUAUCCAAGUUUAU